AUGGAAAAUAAUGGUAUGGUUUUAGAAGAAUUGGAACAAAAUGAAGAUAUUUUGGAAUCUACUCAAUCAAAUCAUAAUCUUGAAAUUGGCUUAAUAGUUGAUUUAUCACAUGUAAAUUUUAGUGAAAAGGGUAAUAUCGAAGAAUUUCCUCGUGCAAUACAAGGAAGUG